AGGCACCGACAAUAACAGCCCCCCCUCCCCCUCCCCAUUCAAAAACACAAACCCUAGGGAUAGAUGAACUACAAAUGAGAAAGAGGAAAAGAUGGAACUGCACAUCCUAGAGCACAGGCUCAGAGUGGCCAGCAUAGCCAAGGAGAGCAUCCAGUUGUUUACCUAUGGAUUAAUCAAACUUGCUUUCCUGUCCUCCAAGACGAGGUGCAAGUUCUUCAGCCUCACAGAAACCCCAGAGGACUACACCAUCAUCGUGGAUGAAGAGGGCUUCCUAGAGCUCCCUUCUUCAGAGCACCUGAGCGUGGCCGAUGCAACAUGGCUGGCCCUCAACGUGGUGUCUGGUGGAGGUGGCUUCUCUGGCUCCCAGCCCAUCGGAGUCACCAAAAUCGCCAAGUCAGUAAUAGCACCACUGGCUGACCAAAACAUCUCAGUGUUCAUGCUCUCCACCUAUCAGACGGACUUCAUCCUGGUACGUGAGCGAGACUUGCCCUUCGUGAUGCACACGCUGGCUGCUGAGUUCACCAUCCUCAGAGUAGUGAAUGGGGAGACAGUGGCUGCUGAUGACCUUGGGAUAACCAAUGGAUUUGUCAAACCAAAACUGGUUCAGAGGCCUGUCAUUCAUCCCCUUUCCAGCCCGAGUAACAUGUUCUGUGUCACCAGCCUGGAUCCCGACACCCUUCCCACUGUUGCUACACUCCUAAUGGAUGUCAUGUUUUACUCCAAUGGAGUAAAAGACCCAGUGGUGGGCAACGAAGACUCGGGACAUAUUCGCUUUUUCUCCUUUUCUCUCAUUGAGGGUUACAUCUCCUUGGUCAUGGAUGUCCAGACACAGCAGAGAUUUCCUAAUAAUUUGUUGUUUACAAGUGCAUCUGGCGAGCUCUGGAAGAUGGUGCGGAUUGGUGGGCAGCCUCUUGGCUUUGAUGAAUGUGGAAUUGUGGCUCAGAUUUCUGAGCCCUUGGCUGCAGCUGACAUCCCAGCCUACUACAUCAGUACUUUUAAGUUUGACCACGCGUUGGUACCAGAAGAGAAUAUAAACGGUGUGGUCAAUGCACUCCAAGUCAGUCAAGCUGAAAAGCAUUAGAAAUCUUCUGAGCUGGUUCCAGAUGCUUUUUAUUAUUAUAAUUAUUAUUAUUAUAAUUAUUAUUAUUAUUCUUUUUUUCUCACAGUAUUUCUUGAAAAAUCUGAUUCCAGAGAGUGACAUGAAAAAGAGACUGUGGAAAGUUGAGCAGAAACAGCUCCAAUAAGCCUUUGUUUUAAUUAUUAUUAUUGUUAUUGUUAUUUUAUUAAAUUUAUGAAUGAGGGGCAGGAGGAAAGGGAGUUCAGACAGUUUCCUGACGUUCAGCUCCAAGGUG